CAACGGCCUAACCGUUACAGCCGACGUGGACGCCAACUCAUCAAAUUCCCUCAAUUGCAAAAACUUCGUCGUCUUCAUCGCCGCAGUAUUGUACGUUUUUUUGCAGGCGAUUUUUUCACUCUCUACUCUUGUUCGGACAAAUUCCUUUUCUCUCUGCAAGAACCAGUCGGGAACGCCUUUGUUUCGCUCUCUCUUUCUCGAAGAGAGAUAUCAAACUACACAGUGAUUGUUUUUGGAGAAAUGCUCCAACAGUGUCUGCUUACGCAUUUUAGUGUUGUCAUCUAUUCGACGAUUCUGACUUCACUGGCUUGGGCGUUCACUAAUCCGCCGGAUGUUAUAGCUCUUCAGGAUCUGUAUAGUGCUAUGAACUAUCCACUAGAGCUUAAAGGAUGGAGAAAAGAAGGUGGAGAUCCUUGUGAGGAAUCAUGGACUGGAGUGUCUUGCUCCGGUUCGUCUGUAAUAUACCUUAAACUCCAUGGACUAAAUCUCACUGGAAAUCUCGGAGGGCAGCUCAACAACCUAAUCGAUUUGAAGCAACUGGAUGUUAGCUCUAAUAGACUUACGGGUGAAAUUCCACACAACUUGCCUCCUAAUGCGACUCAUAUAAAUAUGGCAUUCAACCAUUUAAGCCAAAAUAUUCCACAUACUUUAUCUUACAUGGGAAAUCUCCGACAUCUAAAUCUGAGCCAUAAUACUCUAUCUGGUGUGAUUGGAAAUGUUUUCACUGGUUUACAGAAUUUGAGAGAGAUGGAUUUAUCAUAUAAUGACUUCGCUGGAGAUUUGCCAAGUUCAUUUGGUUCCCUGACAAACAUCACUAGACUGUUCUUGCAGAAAAACAAAUUCACUGGAUCAGUUGCCUACUUGUCUCGUCUUCCAUUAAUUGACUUGAACAUCCAAGACAAUUGUUUUAGUGGCAUCAUUCCGGAAAAUUUUAGAAAUAUUCCAAAUUUGUGGAUUGGGGGCAAUAGGUUUCGUCCAGAAGUCAAUUCUCCACCUUGGGACUUUCCCCUGGAAAAAGCACCGAUGGAGCAGAACAUCAGUGGUCCUCCAACAACCAAGUCGAACGCCAUCCAGAAUUAUCCCUCUCGGGGUGUAGUGAGGCAUGAGAAGAAAAGGCUUGGUCCGGGUGGAAUUGUUCUCCUGGUAGGCGGGUUAACAUUAGUAGUUACCUUUGCAGCUCUCUUUUUCGUAUUUGGCAUGAAGAAAGUUCAUGAAAAGAAAAUAAAUUUGAAGAUUGGCAAUAUGUUACCCCGUUCUCUUCCUCUGGGCAAAGCUGAAGAUGGUUUGUCUACUGCAACAGAAGAGAGCUCACAAAGCUUUCCCCUGAGUUCUCUACUCAUGGGUGGUCCAAGGCCUAUACCUUUAUUAAAUCACACGAGAACCGAGAAAGUUUCUGGAAAAAAAGGUUUUUCAAAGAGAUGCAGGCUCCCAGUGAGAACAAAAAUUUACACUCUGGCAGAGUUUCAAUCCACUACAAACAACUUUAGUCAAGAGAAUCUUCUGGGAGAGGGAUCUCUUGGUGCUGUUUAUAGAGCUGAAUUUCCUGAUGGCCAAGUUUUGGCUGUGAAAAAUAUCAACAUGGCAGAGCUCUCAUUUACAGAAGAAGAGCAAUUUCUGGAUGUGGUAUGGACGGCUUCCCGUUUGAGGCACCCAAACAUUGUUACACUGCUUGGAUAUUGUGUAGAGCAUGGACAACAUAUGCUCGGAUAUGAAUAUGUUCGAAAUCUGUCUCUUGAUGACGCUUUACACUGUGAAGCAUACAUGUCUCUCUCAUGGACUGUCCGUCUCCAGAUUGCUCUUGGAGUUGCUAGGGCUUUAGAUUAUCUGCAUACAAGUUUUUUCCCUCCAUUUGCUCACUGCAAUCUGAAGGCUGCCAACGUCUUACUGGAUGAAGAACUGAUACCUCGUAUUUGUGAUUGUGGGCUGUCUGUUUUGAGGCCACUUGUGACCAAUAGAGUUAAAACGAAGGCUUCUGAGAUUGUCAGUGGCGAUAGAGGCUACCUUGCACCUGAACAUGGUCAGCCAGGAUUUGAUAAUACCAGAAGUGACGUGUAUUCUUUUGGAGUGUUGCUUUUGGAGCUCGUCACAGGGAGAAAACCAUUUGACAAUUCGAAACCAAGGAAAGAGAAAUCGCUGGUUAAAUGGGCUUCAUCUCGACUUCAUGACAACGAGAGUUUAGAACAGAUGGUUGAUCCAGGCAUCAAAGGAACAUUUUCCUCCAAGGCUCUCUCACGCUUUGUCGAUAUUAUCUCCCUUUGUGUGCAGCCUGUGAAGGAAUUCCGACCACCAAUGUCUGAAAUAGUGGAACAUCUAACAAAUCUUCAAAGAAAGAUGGAAAUGGUGAAACGUGCUACAGCAGAUGGAACUGAAGUGGAUCAUUUUGAGAAAUCUUUUCGUUCUACCAACACUGGCUUCGUAAGUUCACCAGCAUACAGCUAUGCUUCCACCUCAUUUUAGAAGGUUAGUCGAUUUUUCAUCGACUAAUAUUCUUCCUGUGUAUAGACUCUCUAGUAAGAAUCUUCUCUGUCGUCUCAUGUACAGACAGUUUUGACUUCAUGGUUAAAGAGUAAAUCAAUUUUGUAUUCUUUGGAGAAAUUGUAUAUUCACUCGAGCAA